GCUCAAACCAACAACAACACUUGCGGCCUCAUAUGCUUUGAGAAUUUAAGAAAUGAGUAGCAGAUGAGUGGAACAUGCCGCGGAAAAACCACGAAGAUGACGAUCGUGCACGUUGGAGAAGUCGACCGAAGAGAAAAAUUGUCAAGCCUUGUCUUGAUUAUAGCCAAGUAUUAUUGCGAGAAGAAGAACAGGCAUUGAAGAAAGCUCUGUAUGUAUCAUUGAGAGACACCAAAACUGAUCAAGAAUGUACUGCAAAUGGGUUGCAGCAAAAGAAACCAAAGACAUCCGACAAUGAGAAAUUGCAAGAGUCCUCCUGUGUUGAGAAAGAGAGUACUAACAAGAGUUUUGAGCCCAAGCCAAAACUAAACAAGGCAAAAGAGCAGAAUCAUAAGAAGAAAUUUACGGAAUGUAAAUUGCCCAAUGAAGCUAGAGGAAACCCAGAGGAGAUCAUAGUAUCAAAUAAAAGGAAAUUGAAUGAAAAGCCUACUUCUGUAGCUAGGGUUCCUCCAAACUUGGUGCUUGGUGGGAAGCUUAACAAUGAUUUGCAUACCAGCCAUGCAGAAAAGCAGUUUUCAAAAAUGGCAUCCAAGGAGCAAUAUGAAGCAAUGUCAAACAAGCCCAGUGGUAAUUGCAGUAAUUUACAAAGCACAAGCUUACGCACAAAAGGAACAAAAACAAGAAGACAGCUACGGGCUCAAAGAAAAUUUGCUCAUUCCCAGCCAUGCAGUCCAAACAGCUUACUUCUACAACGAAUGGGAACAUCUUCUGGAGCAAGGCCAAAAACUGAAGACUUCAUCAAAUUUCUUUGUCUUCGAGGGACGGCAGGUUUGCCAAAGGAGCUGGAGUUUUUCAACAGCCCUGUUCUUCCACCUUCGCCACUGUCCUCGGACGAAGAUGAUUAUCUUCCGCUGUCUCCUUUCUUCAAAAGACAAGUUGAUAGCUCUUCAAGUAAAGCAGAGAUGUACGAUGCUUACCGCCAUCAGCUUGACUGCGAAUCAGCAAGUGCCUGUUCGGGUAGCGAAAGAAAAAAGAAGUCAUCAUCACGGAACUUGAGCUCCUUUUUCGAUGAGACUGACAACAGCCCCUCAACGCGCUCUUCCAGUCCCGGAUUCAGUACUGCAGUCUCUGACUGUCCGAGUACGGAAGUAUCAGUAAACACCUCUUGUGGCUUAGAAGAAGACCGGCAGUUACCACACGAGAACCAGACGAAUAUAGAAGCUGUUAAAGACCAAGGACUCAGAAAAACACUUGGUAGCCAGAAAUCUGUAGAGGACUCAGAAACAUCUAAAGAGAUUUCUGAUAAUGAAUGGCCUCAAGCAAUCGAUGAAAAGGGCUCGAAAUUCCAGGAAAAGCCUCUUCCCGGAAGUAGUCAUGCGGAGCAUAGUGAGUUAUCGCAAGAAAUCACCUCAGUGUCCUUGACUUCUAACUCGGUAGACAGUUGUGAUGUGAAACUGAAAAGUACAACUACAUCGAAUGCUUGUAGAAAAUCAAGAUCUAAGGGAAAGAAACCCGAUGCAAAUGCUUUUGAAAAUGAACUGGAACAUGCGCCUACCUUCCGGCCAAUGGAGCAAGAGUUUAGGGAUCCGAUGAAGUAUAUACGAAAGAUAACGCCCUUUGUUUUGAAGUAUGGGAUGUGCAUAUUAGUUCCUCCAGCUGGCUGGCAGCCAUCAAGUAGCGUGAGUGAUGAUAUACGUUUUGGCACCAAGAUACAACAAGUGCAUAGGCUUAAGAAAAGAAACCCAGAAACAACCAAGUUUGUAUUAUACUUGCACAAGUGCCUUGGCGAAACUUCUGAUUUGAUGGAAGCCCUCCCUCAGAUUGGUAGCUGUGAAGUUGACUUGCUUCAAAUGUCCAAGGUUUUCGAGUCAGCUGGAGGUGUAGCGAAGGUAAACACACCACGGAAAUGGCAUAAGGUUGCAGAUAGUCUACACAUUCCAAAGAAUGCUCAAGGGCGAGUCAACAAGCUUCAGGACAUAUAUUAUAAAUAUGUUUUGCCAUUCGAUAUCCUGUCAACGGAAGAAAAAGAAAGAAUAAAAAGGGAAGUCGAACUGGAGUUACUCACAGAAACUCAAGAUACGACUCUUUCUGAGCCAGAAUUCAAGGGUAAAUCCGCCUCAGUAUCCUCGUUUCAUCGCAUUGCAUCAAACGCUCAGGAAAUGUAUGGCAGAGGCCAAACGAACACUCAUGCUUUGGAGAAUGAUUUCUGGCAUGUUGUUGCUGAAGGAAAGCGUCAUGUUGCCUCGUUAUCUGGUGACAUCGAUACGAUGAACUGUGAAUCCUCUUUCCACGUCGCGAGGUCAAAAUCCAGGUGGAAUCUUUCGUCUUUACCGCAGUCGCAAGCGUCAUUACUUCGCCAUCUCGGAGUGGUUCCAGGCCUAACCACGUCAUCUCUGAAAUUCUCAAGUGUUUUCAGUACCUCCAGCUGGCAGAAAGCUCCUGACGAGCUUCUCAAAAUCGAAUACCUCCACGCAGGAGCAAACAAAAUAUGGUACGCGGUCCCUGCCUAUAUGGAGACAGCAUUGUUGCAUCGAGCCAAGAAACUCGUGCAAACUGGCGAUAGACAAACAGAAAGCAUAGGAAAUUUUCUUAUAUCGCCACUGGAAUUACUUGCUGAAGAAUGCAGGAUAAGUAGAGCAAUCCAAAACGAAGGCCAGUUUCUAUUAUGUCUACCUAAUGUUUAUCACUGUGUUGUCAGCAGUGGCUACAGCUUAACAGAAUCCUGCUAUUUUGUUCAAGACGAUUGGUUCCAAACAAGAUUAACAGUUGACAAAAUAUUUUUGAAUCCAGCAGUGAAGUUUCCGGCGGAAAUGGUCAUACUGAACUUUGCGGAAUCACAGGCACAGCAGUCAAAGAAAGAUGACAUCAAUUUAUUAUUGAUCGAGCUGGCAAAAAACAUAAGACAAGCAAAUAUGGAAUUUCACCAGAAACUGACCGCUUCUGGUGCUUUGAUGUCAAGAGAAAUACCUCAAGGAAAACUGAAACGAGUGGCCGUUGACUGGGAGACUUGCGAUGAUUGCGAAAGGCCAUUGUAUCCUUUUGUGGUGUGGAGAGGCAAUCAUUUUUACUGUUUCGACCACGCCAUUGAAGCCAUGGGAAAGAAAAAUAGUGAAUCGGAGGAAAAGUUCGAGAUGUUCACACAUUGGAAUAAAGAACAACUGGAGAGCUUGAUUGUACGGUUAGAAGAUCUUACAAAGGACGAACAAUCGGAUAAAUAGCAAAGCAGCAUAGCGACUUAACCAGUCUUUUAAACAGUGUUUGUAAAUAUUGAGUGAAUUUAAGUGCGUGUAUUGUUCGUAAAAAGUUAUAAUCAGUUUGUAAGAUGCAGUAAUCUUUGAUAAAUUUUCGAAAGAAUUUCUAGUCAGUCAUGCCGAAGGAUCUUCAAGGCCCUUGAGCAAAGUGAAAAGUUACACGGUGUCGAUGUCACAUGUUUGUGGGUAAGCCCGUUAUCCUGGCUGAAAAAGCAAAUCAGGGAACUUUCUAGCAGUUCCAAGUCGAAGCUUUAGGCAAAUGCAGGUAUAUGAAACGCAAUAUUAAAGGCUAUCUUAAGGAAUGUAAAGACUCUUAGAAACCGUAAUGGGCUACUUGAAAAGUCUACAGCAUUUUUUCUAUGCCCGAUCUCUGCCAUUCUAUCAAAAGUACGCAAAAAACUGGCCUUGCUGGUGCGCGAACACACCAGAAUACGUCACAAAUUCCUGAAAUUCCACUUUGGCCACGUUUUUUUAUUCGAACAAAAACUGACGAAAACCAGUACUUUGGAGUUUGAAAAAAUAAUGUUAACGAAAAAGUAUGCUGGUAAUAAUUACAAAUUAAUUAUGUUAUCAAAACAGACCAACAGUACCUAAAGUGGGGCUUGACAAUACCUUUAAAAAAGCAAACAUGUCAAGAGUCAAACAAUUUUUGGCCUGUAUAAAGAUCAAAUAGCCUUACUUGUUUUUGUGGGUAGAGUUUUGAUUUUUGAUUUGAGCUUUCAGUUAAUGUUGCUUUCAACUUGUACCCUGAAAUAUUGUGCGAUUGCAACAUCAUCUAUUCUUUUAUCUUGUAUAUAUUCAAAACUAACUUUCCCUCAAUUUCAGGUAGCUUUAUUGCUUUUCCUUUGUUGAUAUCCAAUUUUCUGCAACAACUAUGAAAAGCUUUUGAAGUUAAUGUUACCAGUAAAUACUGUCAGGCCGGGUUGUCUGGAUAGAAUGGUCUGAGUAUCAUGGCCCUAACCUUGGUGCCAGAUUUUUCGUAAUUUAGUCUCAGAAUAUAAUUUAAAUCGAUUCACUGUUUUGCCACUCUAUCAGUCUGUAUACCAAAUUAUCAUAUUCUAGAGGCACUGUUUCCCAAGGUAUUAGGUCCUUUAGAAGCUACCAGAGCCGCAAAAUUCAAUUUUUCCGAAGGGUUAUGUCCCACAUCCCCUACUUCCCUGUGUCCCUCCCACAGAGAAUUUCUGCCUACACCACGGACCACAGUUGCGUUUAUGAUCAAAAUAAACCCCAGAUAUAUUGCACAGGUGUGAUGCUCCAAUUUUUGUCAAUACAGGGUGUAUUCAGACUUAAUAGGGUCUCUACUGUGAUUUACUGGUAUCACUUUGCAUUUAUUUGGAAAUUUGGAAAAACAUCAAAACUCAAUUUAAGAAUAAUUACUGUUUCUACCUUGUUUGUACAUUAUUUACAAUAAACAACAGGCAUUGCAGUUGCAAGUAAGAACAUCCUAUUGUUUUAUUAAACGUUUGAACGCGUUUAGGUUGCCUGACGAUUUCAAUUCAUUUGGCAAGCAGUUCAAAAUCUGUGGUCCUAAGAACUAGAGACUGUUGUUGCCGAAAGCAACCUGAUUUGGCCUAAAAUGAGUUAGAUAAAUAUGGAUUUCGCAAUGAAUUCCAAAAAGAAAUCAAAGUGAACUGUUUUUGGCGGUACAGAACUUGAAAAUGGCUUUGAAAAAAGCAAACAUUCAAUAUGUUUGCUUUUUAGAAAUCAAAGUCGGGAUACGUGAAUCGUGUGUCGUUGAAAUUUAAUUAGAAGGUCAUUAUACG